AUGCGCUCCGCCCUCUUUGCUGUUCUCGCUACUACGGCGUUGGCAUAUCGUGGCUUCAACUACGGCGCAGUGGAUUUGGCUGGCGCAACCCGCAAUCGGACGUCCUUCCAGGAAGAGUUCCAGGUCGCGCGCAACUUAGGUACACAAGGUGCCUUCACAUCUGCUCGUCUAUAUACCUCACUACAGGGAAGCAGCACUGAUCCCAUCGAGGCAUUCGACGCGGCCGUGAAUACAAACACUUCUCUCCUCCUCGGCCUCUGGAUUUCCGGCACGUCCAACAUCCAGAAUGAAGUGAACGCCAUCCUCUCAUCCGCUGCCAAGCAUGGUUCUGCUUUCGUCGACCUCGUUGUUGGAAUUUCCGUCGGCAGCGAGGACGUCUACCGCCUCACAGAUCGCGGUGUUACCUCGGGCGCGGGCCCAGGUGUUUCCCCAGGGGAUGUUGCCAACUAUGUGAAUCAGGUGCGAUCUGCGCUGAGAGGAUCCCCCCUUCAGGGCAAGCCCAUCGGUCAUGUUGAUACGUACAACACCUUCGUUAACAGCUCGGGCUGGAUGGUGCCAGUCGUCGAGGCAGUCGACUUUGUUGGCAUGAACGCCUUCCCGUACUUCGAGGACACGAAGCCCAAUGCCAUCGACAACAGUAAUGCUACCUUCUGGGCGGAUUACGAUGCCGUUGCCGCUCAAGUCGGCGGAAAAGAGAUUUGGAUUACCGAGACUGGCUGGCCUUCCUCCGGUCCCCGUUCUGGCGCUGCCAUUCCUUCCGUUCUGAACGCCGAAACGUACUUUAACGAAGUAUAUUGCUCCAUAGCCGCCCGUGACAUGAAUGUCUGGUGGUAUACCCUUCAAGACCGUGAUACAGAUGGCGGAGUGCCUAGUUUUGGUGUGACCUCCUCAGGCGGGCAUGAGCUGAAGUAUGAGAUGUCUUGCUGA